AUGGGCGAAUUCGAAUUCAGCAGAAGCAAGCUGCCCAAACAGCUCGUCAUUAACAACGAAUAUGUCGACUCGAAGAACAGCAAGAAGCUUACCGUACACAAUCCUAAGGACGGUAGUGUAGUAGCAGACGAUGUACCCCUAGCAGGCGAACUGGAUGUCGACGAAGCAGUGGCAGCAGCAGAAAAGGCCUUUCCCGCGUGGAAGGCUACUCCACCAGCCAAGCGAAGAGACAUGCUUAUGAAGUUCGCGAAUCUGAUUGAGAAUUAUGGCAAAGAGCUUGGUGAGCUUACUAGGGUGACUCUUGGAGCACCUUGGGGUUCAUUCGGCGCAUUCGAGAUCAGCUUGUGCGCAGAGACACUGCGAUACAAUGCAGGCUGGUGUGACAAGUUCGCUGGUGAGGCUUAUCCACAUGAAGAUGGUUUUAUCAAGAUUGUGCGAAAUGAGCCUCUUGGUGUGACUGCUGGAAUUAUCCCCUGGAACGCUCCCAUUGGCAACGUCGGUCUCAAGGCUGGUCCGGCGCUUGCUACGGGUAAUUGCUUCAUCCUCAAGCCGUCAGAAAAGACACCCUUUGCUGGACUAGCACUUCUACCUCUGAUCAAAGAAGCUGGGUUUCCACCUGGUGUGUUCCAAGUCUUGACUGGUGAUGGUUCCACGGGCGCCCUUCUUGCGAGCCAUAUGCGUGUGCGGAAAGUAUCCUUCACAGGCUCGAUCCCGACUGGCAAGCGCAUCCAAGAGAUGGCUGCCAAGUCAAACCUGAAGCGUGUGACGUUAGAGCUGGGAGGCAAGAGUCCAGCCGUGGUAUUCGACGAUUGCAACCUCGACAACGCGGUGACCUGGUGUGUCAAUGCCAUAACAGGUCAUAGUGGCCAGGUCUGUUUUGCCGCGUCGCGCGUCUACGUCCAAGAAGGCAUCUACGAUAAAUUCAUCGAGAAGUACAAGGAGAUGUUCGCCGAGCGGACAAAGGCCGUUGGCGAUCCCGACGAGGAGUCCACGAUUCUUGGGCCACUGGCAGACGACGCCCAAUUCGAUCGUGUAUCAGGCUUCAUCAACAGAGCCGUGGAGCAGAAGUCGGGCAACAAGCUCAUUGGUGGUGAAAGGAUAGGCGACAAGGGCUACUUCAUCCAGCCAACGAUCUUCACCGACGUCAAGCCCGACUCUGAGAUCCAUACACAGGAGAUCUUUGGCCCAGUGUCCGUGGUCAGAACGUUCAAGACAGAGGAAGAGGUAAUGAAGAUGUCGAAUGAUACAGAAUUCGGACUCAUGGCUGGUGUAUUCACGCAAGACAUCAACAAGGCGAUGAGGGUCGCCAGCGAAUUCGAAAGUGGUAUGGUAGGUGUCAACUGCAUAUCUCUUAUGAUGAACCAGGCCCCCUUUGGUGGCUCAAAGCAGUCUGGUACUGGCAGGGAAAGUGGUAUUGCGGCUUUGAGGGCGUUCACAGAUCCCAAAACGAUUAUGAUCAACAUGACCUAUUGA